AUGCACUUUUCCAGUUUGGCAAAUUCAUUGCUUUUGAAAUGGUUUCUGGUGUUGCACUCGUUAAUACCCCAAGUAUAUCUACAGCAUCCGGAUGAGGAAUAUUUCUCUUGUCGAGGGGGAGGGAUUUGCGUGCCGCCUUAUUUGUGCAAAAAUGGUACAGUAAUUACCAACGGCGAUGGAUUGAUCGACACUAGAUUGAGUGAAAACAAUUGUCCUGCGGAUUUAGUAUGUUGCCGCGAUGCAAGCACCGGGUCUCAAGAUGUGGACUGUAACGCAACGUGUGUUGAGCUAUAUCAAUGCUUGGAUGAUGUUUUCGAUAGUGGAUUACGUGCUAUUGGAUCUAGUGAGAAGUUUUCCUGUCCAGAUAAUAAAAUAUGUUGCAACAGAGUACGACCAGUGGAAUCAAUAAGCGAAGGUGCACCACUUCACAAGUGCACGGGGAAAUGUGUUCCUAUUGAUCAAUGCGACAAAGGAAAGUCGAAUAUUACUGGAAUAGAUUUGAUUGAUUUGAGGUUUUCUGGUGGAGAAUGCAAUCAACCUGCAUUUGUAUGCUGUAUGGACUCACAAAUAAUAGUACCACAGUUUGGAAACGCAAACGUCUGUAAUGGAAAAUGUGUAUCUAUCCAUGAAUGCAUGAAUACAACGACGGAUGGUGCAGGGUACAAUGAGAUUGAUCUGAGAAUCAACAAUGUUGGUUCUUGCACCGGAGAUUUAGUUUGCUGUAGCGAUGCAACGAAGUCAAAAUUUGAGUGCCAAGGUAUGUGCAUGCCAAUUUCUCAAUGCGGAAAAGAUCUGAUAGAUCUGAGAUAUUCGAACGAAGGGUGUGAAAGGGCAGAUUUCGUCUGUUGCUUAGAACGAAUUACUCCAAGCCCACCUUCGCAAUCAGUUUGUAACGGCAUGUGUGUUCCAAUGUCCCAGUGUCCUGAUUAUGCUGGAAAUGGAAUAAUCGAUCUGAGAAUAUCCGAUAAAGCAUGUCCAAUCAAUACAAUUUGCUGUACCACAGAAUUCAAACCCGACUCUCUACAGUGCACAUGCAGUCCUAUUCAUCAGUGUUUAGAUGACAUCACGGUCAACACCAGUGGAGGAGAUUUAUUAGACUUAAGAGGUCACGUGGGAGAAUGUCCUUCAGAACAAAUCUGCUGCAAAAACAUUAAACCAAGUGGACAUGAAAUGAUGAUACCACCAGCAAGUCGUGCGUGUCAAGGAAUGUGUGUUCCUUUUAACAACUGUCCAGGUGACGCAUCGUCCAACUAUCAUGGAUGCGCUGAUAGUUUCGUAUGUUGCAAUUCUAUUCAAUCCGACAUUCCUUCUCAUCAAAUGUGUGAAGGUGAGUGUGUACCUCCCGAGGAAUGUCCUGGCGAAUCGACAAACCCAUUUGGAUUAGGUUUGAUCAACUUAAGGAAAAGAUCGCAUAAUACCUGUAUGGAUAACUUAGUUUGUUGCGUGAACAGAUUAGUAACUCCUAUUGUAGUACCAGAUGAUGUUCAAAGUGCUUAUACUUGUGAAGCGUCGUGUGUACCAUCCUAUCAAUGUAACACUCCUCAUACAAAUAUUAUAGAUUUGAGGGCACAUGGUAAUUGUCCAGGUGAUUUAGUAUGCUGUGAAUCAACUGUUCUUGUACCUCAAACACCUACAUAUACAGACGGAAUUCAACAAGUUGGAACCAGCUGCGUUGGAUAUUGUGUCCCCUUGGUGCAGUGUGCCGACCCACCUGUAACAAUGAUGAUGCACUUAAUUGACCUCCGAUUCAGAUCCAGCCAAAGUUCUUGUUCGGACGGAUUAAUUUGCUGUGGUAAUCCAAUCCGAAAGUCACCCGAAGAAGAGAAAUGGCUGCACUGGAUAGAGGAUAUGAACAACUUAGUUGAUCUUCCAAAUCAAGAGGAGAAAAAAUCAGGGCAGUGCCAGCUUAGUAUCGAUCGAAGCACGAACCGAAUCCAACCAAAUGGGAUUCCCUGGUUGGUGUCGAUUUGGGAAAGCCUUCAAUACCAGCAAGAGCGGCGUAAGAAAUAUAUCUGUACUGGGAUAUUGCUUAGAGCUGACGUUGUCCUUGUUUCUGCCGAUUGCGUUCAAGAUGUGCCGAAAGACAGGCUACUUGUAAGAGUUGGGAAUAGCAAUUUGAAGUCUAAAACUGGUUUUCAGGAGUACCCCGUAAUCAGAGAAGUGAUUCAUCCAGAUUUCAAUAUGCCAAUGAACAGCAAUAAUAUUGCUCUGCUCUUCUUGCAAGAUCAUAAUGGCAUGAAACACCCCACAGCGUGCGUGUUCGGCAUAAAUGAGAAUGUUUACGGCCUGGACUGUAUUGUGGCUGGAUGGGACAUGCUUGAGGUUUUGGUUCCAAGCAGCUCAUCUAUCGUUCCUAAAAAGCAUCACUUAUCCAUAAUACAAUUAUCUUCCUGUUCUUCGCACGAGUUAUGCACGGGAAAAAAUCACCACACAAAGGACUGCAAUAAACUGCAAGGCUCAGCGGUGAUUUGUAACGAUCAGUACAGACAGAGCUGGAAGAUUGCCGGUAUUGUUGCGAAAAAUAAUCAACUCUGUGACAUGAGCGGAAUCCCUGAAAGACUUGUGGGGAUUCCCCCGCUAAUGCCUUGGAUUGAAGAGCAACUUUCGCCCAGCUUUGUGCAGAAACCGGCUGACCUUGGACCGCUACGAAAAUAUCUACCGGCUACGUGAUGAAAGUUAAAUUAAAAGUUGAUGAACGAACAUUUUGAUCUUUCAAAGUUGAUUUUGUAUCAUGCAGUUCAACCAUCAAGACUGAAUGAAUAGCGUUGUAUAUAUAUGUACAUAUAAAAAGGAAUUGUUUUAUUUUACUGAUUCUGCUGUGAAAUGUUGAAGUCUUUAACUGUCAACUUUUCCGCGAUGGAUAAUAAAUAAACUUAGCAAGAGCACAUUUUA